UGGUCGAGGACUUUGCCGACAUCACAACGCCACUCAAGCACUUCACGGACGCCGUGCACGCCCCUCUGGAGAUGGCCAACCGGGAUUUGAACUUCAGCAACAAGGCCCACAACCUUCAGGACCACUCGUUGCGCUGUGCUGAAACCGGCCGCAUGGUCGGCACCGCCGGCACCUGCAAGAACAAAAAGGCGGUCGAAGCUCUUUGCAGCGCCGCCAACCAGGUCGCCAAUAUGACCCCGCAGGUGAUUAAUGCUGGCAAGAUUCGCUUCCACUAUCCAGACAACCAAUCUGCGGAUGAGCAUUUCGAGAAUUUGCGCCGUGAAUUCGCCGAUGCCUUGCAACGGCUAAGAGUUUUGGUCGACGACGCCGUGGACAGAGGCGAUUUCAUUAAAGCUUCCGACGUGUAUAUUUUGCCGUAUAUGUGUAGCCAAUAUUUCAUAGAAAACCUUAUGCGACAUCAUGCACAUGAAUGCGAUGACGCAAUCAGGAAUUGUCAGCCUCAGAAGAUGGUCGAUAACACGUCCAGCAUAGCCAGGCUUGCCAAUCGAGUCUUGAUGGCUGCGAAGAACGAAGCGGACAAUUCGGAAGACCCGUUGUUCGUCGGUAAAAUCAAGCAAGCAGCUGACAGGCUACAAGCAGGUAUGACGCCGCUUCCUAUACCACCGAUGGUGAACGAUGCGAAGCAAAUUGCGUUGAACCCUCGUGAUCAGUACGCCGGAAAUCGAUGGAAGGAUUCAAAUCGAGCCUUGUUGGACGCAGUUGGUCAGGUACGAAAGGCGAUUUUACCCGAAUCACUUCCGAACUUAGCUGGUCUGGAUAUUGGCGGUCUCUCGAGUACGUUGCCUCGCUCUUUUCGGUGGUCCCCUAAGCCGUACGGCGACAGCAGCGGUUGCUUCAGCCGUGGCAUGACGAUAGGCGUUGGAGGCGGCGACGAGGACGAUGAUCAGCUUCAGAUGGGGUACGCUUCGGACUCCGUCGCCCCAGUCACAUGGACUCGUCGGAAAAAGUCCAUGCCAGCAGCGUCCUUGCCGAAAAUUGACUUCCGGUCUAUGUUUGACUUGUCUCAGUUCCAGAUCCCUCAAGGUGGCAGAGAAUUUCCGGCUGGACCGCAUGUUCCGGCGAUAAUUGCUAAGCGUCGUGAAGAAGUAGCGCCGCCUCGCCCGCCUCCUCCUUUGGAGGUUAGAACCUCUCCGAGACUGCCGCCUCCACCUCAGGAAACCGAUGAUGAAGAGGAGAUGCGCGCAUUUUGGGAGCGUGUGCCAUUGCCCAAAGCAAAUCAGCCCAUAUUAAGUGCCGCCCACAGCCUGCAUAAAGAGGUACAGCAAUGGUCCAGCAGAGAAAACGACAUCGUGGCUGCAGCGAAGCGAAUGGCUAUCCUGAUGGCAAAACUCAGUCAGCUCGUUAGAGGUGAAGGGGGCAGCAAGAAGGAUUUGAUCGACUGUGCCAAGGCGAUCGCGGACGCAUCUGAAGAGGUUACGCGCUUGGCCGUGCUUUUGGCUCGCCAGUGUACGGAUAUCAAAAUGCGGAAGGCGUUGUUACAAGUGUGUGAACGAAUACCAACGAUCGCGACUCAGUUGAAGAUUCUGUCGACAGUGAAAGCCACGAUGCUAGGAUCACAAGGUAAAAUAUACAUCCUUGUGGCGGUAGACUGCUAAAA